AUGAAGAGCGAGAAGACAUGGGAGAGGAAGUGGAGCAAGAGAACAGCACAAGAGGAGGAAGAGAAAGACGAGGAGGAAGAGGAGGAAGAGGUGGAGAAGGAAGAAGAAAGGCAGAUGGACAAGGAGGAAAGGAAGAAACAUGAGACAGAGCACCGCAAAGACAAGGAACAGAUAAAGAAAGAAAGGGCAUGGGAGAGGAAGAGGAAGAAUAAGAGAACACCAGAGAAGAAGGAAGAGGAGAGGCAAUGGAAAGAGGAGAAAUCAAUGGGUAAAGAGAAUGCAAGGGAGAGGAGGAAGAAACGGAAAGAGGAUGAGAGGAAGAGACAACAAGAGGAAGAGGUAAGGAUGAGAAGACGGAGACAUGAGGAAUAG